CGAUAUAGAUAACAUUAGUUGACGCUCACAAAAUCAGUGCGCCUUUAACAAUUUUCAAGAUGGCGGCUUCCUUCAAAUUGUCCAUUUGUUUUUUGUUUUCUUUAUUCUGUUUUGUUUAUAACGAUUCUACUAUUUUAUGUGAAGUUGGAUUCUGUAGGACGUACCUCCACGAGACAGGCUGCACUACACCUCCGAUACACUGCACAGUCAACAAUGCGACCCACCAGGGAAUCAACCUCCUUUCACCUACUGUUUGCAACUGCUGCGAUUAUUGCAUGCCGUUAUAUGGAGAAGGAGAACAUUGCUCCAGAGGAGGACCAGGUACAGGCACCACGGUCGGCAGAUGUGGAGAUGGACUGUACUGCCAGCAGGGAGAAGAAGACGAUGUCUGCGUGAGAAUGAAAUCAGAUUGCCAUACUGCACAAGAUAAAUAUGAUGAGCGAGAGCGCAAUGGGGAGCUAGGAGCUAUGGAAGCGAGGCCGCGCUGUGACGGGAAGGGCAAGUUUUACAAGUUCGAGUGUGUUCCAGCACAAACUUGCUUCUGUCAGUCAGAUGAUGGUAGAAGACUGUUUGGUGAAGUGCUAAAUCUUGGAGUAAUUACAGAGAAGAGUAUGCACUGCGGAUGCUCCCGAUUCCACGAUCUUAUGAGGUCAAUAAUCGGCAAAAGUGUGCCAGCCCCGGUUGUGGGUCCACGCUGCACUACAGACGGCAACUUCUUCCCAAUUCGGUGCAUCAAUAAUAUUUGCUAUUGCGUUGAUAAAGUCACAGGAAUCAUCGAAAAAGACAGCCCUACUAUCGACCUGGAGAGACAGAGCAUUACUCAACUGCCUUGCUAUGACAAGGACUUAGACUUGUUUGCGGAGUUCGACCAGGAACACCCGUCGACCUUCCAAUCACCAUGUCUGUUAAAUCAAGAGCGGAUCGCGGAGGAAAUCCUCGAUUCAGAAGAGGAUGAAUUUGACCUUGACUAUUUCGGAGGCUUCCCUGAAUGUCUUCCAGACUGGACUUAUGGAAGAAUCGCAGUGAAUAGUGCUGGACAGAAAGUCUGCAUAGACGAACGCGGAAGACAAAUUGAGAACUACCAUGCUGACAGGAAAACUGAUCCCGCCUCCUUUAAUAAUAUGGACUGUAAAUGUGCACAGACUACAAAUAUUAUGGGAGAUUUACCUGAGAAGCCGAUUUGUUGUAAGAACGGUAAUUUUAGGAGGAUACAGUGUCGCAGAGGUAUGUGCCGCUGUGUCGACUCUGAUGGAAAACAGACUGAGAAAGAAAUGGCCGAUGUUACGAAGUUAUCUUGCUACACAUCUGAUUGGAAGACUUGUUAAAAUAUAUUAAAUAAAAAUGUAUUUUAAGAAGAUUA